UUCAUCUUCCCUUCCCAGUCUUCAUCACAUCGGUACCAGCUACCAAAGCUUCGUCUAAGCUACCCCGCCCCCACCAUCCACACCAGACCCGCAUACAUACAAACAUCCACCAACGUGCACCCAAACAUGUCGCACUCACAUUCGCACUGCCAUGACGAACACCACGACCACUCGCAUGGCGACGGCCAUGAUCACAGCGAUGACAUCACACCCGCCCUACAAAACAUUCUCUACGAACAAAUCGACUUCCCCAAGCUAGUCACCCUCAACGAAGAUGAAUCCAACAGCGGCCGCGCCAUCUGCCAGAAAACAUGGGCCCAGCGCCUAGACCCACAACCAGAGCUCAAAUCUAGCGCUGAUGAGCAACUCCUCAUGACUGUCCCCUUCACGGGCCAAGUACGUCUGCACAGCAUCAUCCUGCGCACCAGCCCAAGCGGCUCAUGUCCCAAAACCCUCAAAGUCUUCAUCAACGAAGACGCCCUCGAUUUUGAGACUGCCAGCGAGAAGGAACCCACCCAAGUGCUUGAAAUCAGCCAGACAAGCGAAGUCCAGGAGAUUCCAGUCAAGCGCGCAAAGUUUGGCACCACGAGAUGUCUAGCGCUGUUUUUCGAGGACAACUGGGGUGGCGAGGAGGAGACGCGGAUUAGCUAUUUGGCGUUCAAGGGUGAUUAUAUGAAGUUGAACAAGGAGGCGGUUAGUGUUAUGUAUGAGGCUGCGGCGAAUCCGAGUGAUCAUAAGAAUAUUGUGGGUAUUGGACAGGGCGUGGGGAGGAGUAUUCAGUAAGUUGAGGUGGUGGGUAUAAGCAGGCGAUAAAAAAUGCAGUCAGCAUACAGGCAAGGGAGUUGAAGGUUUGUCAAGGGAUACCAUCAUCAAGCAUAUAUAUAAAGUGACAUACUCAGCGUUUUUUUCUUGUCGCUAUUUCUCGU